CUUGAGCCGUGGCAGGUCUUCGACUUAAUAGGCGGGACUAGCACGGGAGGGCAAGCAUCUGCGUAACUGGGUCAAUGUAAUUAAUGACUUGCCACUGACACCACGGUAUAGCAUCAUCGCGAUUAUGCUUGGCCGCCUCCGCAUGAGUCUCGAGGACUGCGAGAAUGCCUACCUUCAAUUGUCUGAGAGGAUUUUCGCACCUCGACGACAAAGAUUUAAUAUCUUUGGUCAGACCAAGGAUUUCUUACAAGCCGACGGUAGAUUUGACGCCGUCAUCCUCGAAGAGGCUAUCAAGGACGUUCUGCGGGCCUAUAAGACUGAAGACGCCCUAUUGAAGGAUGAAGGAGGGCCUUGUAAAGUGUUUGUUGUUGCCGUACGUGAGAACAAUUCUGAAGCGGCUGUUCUGAGGUCGUACAAAUCGUCAAGCAUGAGUAAUGUCCUAUACAACGAGUGCAAGAUCUGGGAGGCAUGCCGUGCCACUUCAGCCGCAACCACCUUCUUCGCCCCGGUAAGGAUAGGCAAAUACGGGCAGAGAUUUGUUGAUGGUGCCAUGCGCUACAACAAUCCUGUCCAAUUGGUACAUCGAGAGGCCGAGUCCCUCUGGCCCAGCAGAGAUUUGUUUAUUCUCAGCAUUGGCACUGGAAGUGCCCCAGGCAAAUCUUUCAGAGGCAAUCUGAAAAGCGUUGUAGAUGGCCUCAAGAAUAUCGUCACAGAAACCGAGAAAACUGCCAACGAUUUCUACCAUGGCCAUCGUUAUAUGGUACAAGAGGACCUGCUAUUUCGGUUUAACGUAUUUCACGGCCUCGGUCACAUCGGUCUUGAGGAAAACAAAGAAAUCUCCGCAAUCGCCGAUGCUACCGAAGCGUAUCUUGACCAAGGCGAAACUGGAAAAAAGCUAGAAGCAUGUAUCGGGCGACUGCGGGCUACCAUAACCGACGAAAUACCAUAUACUGAAUUUGAAGUCAUGCAAAGUGAAUCGCGAGGUCGGAUGUCUGAAAGCUUCGAUGGCCAAUACAACGGCACACCCAAAUUUACGAAGACGGGGCGAUUGCAACAGCUCGAAACCGGAAAAGCCCAUACGCUCUGCAUAUUGCGGCAUCGGAACAGUUCCGAGCUACACGGCCUAGAUGUCAUGAGAGUAGAUGAUGCAAGGCAACUACUGGGUGUGAUCGGACAAAUUCCGUAUGCCUACAUAGGCUACACGUCACUGGAUUUUGACCAGGGCAACGAAGAGGAUUUAAGAAUACUACAUCAAUUUGCUGAGGCGGCAACCAGAAAGUUGCGUCUUCCCGCGUACUGGUUGCCGUGUAGCUGUAUGGGCGAUGUUGAGAACAUGGAGCGAGCAGUCUGGACACUAUGCGAUGUCACCAAUGCUGCAGAAAGCCUUGCGGUCAUAGUGAAAUCUGACAGGGGCAACAGCACUUCGGUCAACUUGGAACGUAAGCUGGUACAGUGGUGUAGUAGAUUGUGGAGCUCACAAGAGCUUCUUCUUUGUCCUCGUGGCCGUCCCAUCGAUAUUUACGAUGUGUCAAGUGCGCCACUGACCACCGUGGCUCUGGAGCUAUCACGGAGGAGCCUGGUGGAUGCCGCAUAUCCGACAGCGAAUGAGCCCCUGCAGCGGCUUGUUGACCACUAUGAGGGCAUCUACACUCUUGGUCGACUGGAUUUCUUGUGUCUGCUUCUAGCUUAUUUGACCGGCGGCAAGACGGCCGCGUUUCUUCGUGGAGACAUAUCUUACGUUUUAAUGGGGUUCCUGCCGUUUCGUCCCGUCCCAGACAAAACUGAUUCUGGGUUCCAAGCUCUUGCACGAGUUCUUCUAGCAAACGAUGUCGACAAUUUCUUGGAACGUUACAUCUCUAUUUGCCCAAAAUCACGACGGCAAUAUUACACGAUAACAGAUGACUUCUGGGGGAUCAACCUCAGAGAUAUACGACCCACUUGUCAAGUCUCCGGUGUUACGUCGGACUUCGAUGCGCUGAUCGUCGAUGGUGCCCUCGGAGCCAAGGCCAUUCCUGCCGAUGCUCGAGGGAGUACUCCUUCGUCCUAUACUUCAGAUGAAAGACCACGUUUUAUUUGUUUUCAUGGCGAUAUUAGUGCUACGGAUUCUUCCUCCUAUUACCUGCCUGGGCCGUUGAGAAUCCUCAACAAUGGCAACACCACUACGCUGCCGCGGCCCUUUUCUCCUGACAAUUUUACUCUAGUCGAUACUCUAACCAUGACAGCGAUCCCUUUUCAGGCAAGCGCACAGCCGAGUAUGGUUUUGCUCACUGGAAUGGAAGGCAAUAUGUAUCGUGGUCUCCUUUGCUCCUACUAUCAAGAUAAACGGACCCUGUUCCGAGAAUCGGUCGUCAAGCUGAAUUCGCGUGUAGCUGAAAAGAUGACUCGAUUGGAACGGGUACAACUAUCACUAUUUCGUCCAGGUCGGCUUGAGAGUUCUUGAGGGUGGAUGCCUAGUGUACAAGAGCCUGCAAAGCAGACCCAAAUCGACGACCUCUUCGCCAUGCUUCGCUUAAUGAUGGCAGGUGGACUUCACCGACAUAAUGGGUCAUGAAGAGUUAAGAACGACUAAAAAUAUCUCACUACUAUGAAGCUUGUCGAAAAUAAAAUCAUGAUGAAUGUGAUUUCACUACCACGAUUCACGGCAAGCCAGCGAAAGAUUGGGCUCCCAAAACCAAGUCGCGGUCGCUGUU